AUGAAUCCGGUGGAUGGAGGAGGAGAAGCAGGCCCGGACGGCCUGGCGACGGCAGGUUCAGGUCAAGCCGAGUGUGUUCGGGCGGCCGACGUCCUGACGGUGCUCAGAGAGAAAGUGGCCUUUGUAUCAGGUGGACGAGACAAGCGAGGUGGACCAAUCCUGACCUUCCCUGCCAGGACCAAUCACGAUCGAAUAAAACAGGAGGACCUCAGCCGAUUGGUCACUUACCUGGCGACCAUACCCAGUGAGGAUGUGCGUGCCCGGGGCUUCAGCGUGGUGGUGGACAUGCGCGGCAGUAAGUGGGACAGUGUGAAGCCGGUGCUGAGGACGCUGCAGGAGACCUUCUCCUCCAACAUCCACACGGCUCUGCUCAUCAAACCAGACACCUUCUGGCAGAAACACAAAACCAACCUGGGCAGCGCCAAGCUCAGCUUCGAGACCUCCCUGGUGUCGGUGGAGGGUCUGUCCCGGCUCGUCGACCCCUCCCAGUUGACCUCUGACCUCGGCGGCUCGCUGGAGUACGACCACGUGGAGUGGACCGAGCUGCGUCUGGGUCUGGAGGAGUUCUCUGGAGCCGCCACGCAGCUGCUGGCCCAGCUGGAGCAGCUGGAGGCGGGACUGAACCGCGUCCCCGAGCCCGGGGACGUGGACGAGGCCCGGAAACUCCUGGAGGAACACAACCGUCUGAGGAACACCAUCGCCACAGCGCCCGUCGAAGCCCUUGAACGAGAAGGGCGGAGUUUGCUCCAGCGCAUGCGAUUGGUCCCCUCACAUGGCGACGCCUCUAAUGAAGUCAGCGGUGGUGGUUGUAGCCACGGCAGCUGGCUGUCCGGUGGGACGGACUUCCAGAGCGUGGCGCCCAAGGUGUCGUCCCUGCUGGAGCGGCUCCAGGCGGCUCGUGGCCUCCUGCUGCAGGGCUGGAGCGACAGGAAGCUGCACCUGGACCAGGUGCUGCAGAUGCACCUGUUCGAACAGGACGCCACCAAGAUGUCGGAGUGGAUCGCCCACAGUAAAGAUCUGUUCAUGCAGAGUCUGGUGGAGGUCGGCCAGAACAACCAGCACGUCCUGGACCUCCAGACUCAACACCAGCACUUCACCGCCAACUGCCUGAACGGCAGUGUGAACGUGGACAGCGUGGUCACCGUGGCGGCGCGGCUCGCCGAGGCCGGUCACUACGGCGCCGAGCGGAUCUCCUUGGUGUCGUCACGGUUACAGGAGGACUGGAAGACGCUGACGACGGCGCUGGAGGAGCGUAGCAACACACUCGCCAUGGCAACUGGCUUCCACCAGGGGGCGGAGCAGUUCCUGCUGGAGGUCGAAGGUCGAGUUCAGGCGUGCUCUGAAGGGGCGUUGCCGUCGGCGACAGCAGAACUGGAGGCCGCGACGAAAAAACAUGAAGAACUGAACGAAGAAAUCUCUGCUAGCUACACCCAGGUCAGUGAGAGCGGUAAAGCCUUAUUGGAGGUUCUCCAGCGUUGCCCGGCGAAGGACUCUGAUGACUCUAUGACCACACUGGACUUCACUGCCUCCACGCACGGCAUCAUGGGAGUUCUGCACCAGGUCAUGCAGGGUCACCAUGAGGUGGAGGGGGCGUGGCAGCACCGUAAGCUCCGCCUCCACCAGCGCCUGCAGCUGUGUGUGUUUCAACAGGAUGUGAGACAGGUGCUGGACUGGGUCGAGCAGCACGGCGAGGUGUUCCUGAACAAACAUGGCGGCGUGGGGAAGUCCCUGCACCGAGCGCGAGCUCUGCAGAAACGUCACGACGACUUCCAGCAGGUGGCGCAGAACACUUACACUAAUGCAGAGAAGCUUCUGGAAGCAGCCGAUCAGUUGGCUCAGUCUGGAGAGUGUGAGGAGGAGGAGAUUUACCAGGCGGCCAGAGACCUGGAGCUGCGGAUGCAGGCGUUUAUUCAGCGAGUUGAACAGAGGAAGCUGCUGCUGGAUCUCGCUGUGUCUUUCUACACACACACAAAGGAGCUCUCGGCCUGGAUGGACGGCCUCCAGAAGCAGCUGUCCUCUGAGCUCAGCGUGUGUCCCGACACUGUGGAGGCUCUGCAGACUCUCAUCAGCCAGCAGCAGCAGCAGCAGGCCAACACCCAGGAAGCUGCGAUGAGUGUCAUCAGGGAAGGAGAAGACCUCAUCCUGCAACUCAGGCCCCAGGGCAGCUCGGUGGCCCAUGUGGAGACGGUGCUGCAGCAGCUGGAGGAGUCUCACGUUCAGCUGGAGGAGCUUUUCCACCAGAGGAAGAUCCGACUGGAUGUUUACUUGCAGCUGCGUAUUCUCCAGCAGUGCACGCUGGAGGUAACAGGGGAGAUGGAUGCCUGGAAGCAGGACCUCCAGAAACAGUCCCAGGACUUCUCUACGGAGAAGCUAGCAGCGCCGCGGCUAGCCGAUGUAAACCAGGACAAGAUCAACCUGGGUCAUUCGAGGCUAGUGGAAGCUGGUCCAGAGGCGCUAACACUAGCACAGCAACGCAUCCACAGGCACAUGGAGCGCAGGCUGGCUAUGAACAACAUGAUCUAUGAGGUCAUCCAGCAAGGUCACGACCUCCAGCAGUAUAUCACCGAGGUCCAAGCAUCAGGUAUCGAGCUGUCGGAGGCGGAGGGGGGGCUCUCCUCUCAGGUGGAGGAGCUGCAGCGCCUCCUGCAGGACACACAGAAGGAUCUGCAUCAGAUUGCAGAUCACACACACACACACCUGGAGCAGAACCUGCAGCUGAGACACCUGCAGAGCCAGGUCAAACAGGUGCUGAGCUGGAUCUCCGAGGGCGAGGUCAUGUUGUCGUCCUGCAUGUUGAACUCCAGCUGUUUGUCUGAAGCCGAGCAGCUGCAGAGGGAGCAUGAGCGCCUCCAGCAGUCCAUAGAGGCUCUGCUCCACGCUGACUCGCUGCAGAGGACUCACCAGGUGGCGCUGGCUCUGCAGCAGAGAGCGGAGCUGCUGGUCCGGUCAGGUCACUAUGAUCCGGACGCAGUGAGGUCUUGUGCCCAGACGGUGGCGCUGCACUGGCAGACGCUGAUGCUGAGGAUCGAGGAUCGACUCAAACUGGUCAACGCCUCGGCUGCUUUCUACAGGACGUCCCAGCAGGUGUGUGGCGUCCUGGAGAGCCUGGAGCAGGAGUACCGGCGGGAGGAGGACUGGUGUGGAGGAGGCGAGCGGCAGCCGGAGCAGCUGCUGCCGCUCAUGAGCAAACACAUGGAGCAGAAGGAGGCGUUUCUGAAGGCGUGCACGCUGGCGAGACGCAACGCCGAAGUUUUCCUGAAAUACAUCCACCGCAACAGCGCCACCAUGGCCAACCUGUCGGGUCACGGGGUCAGCGUGCCCGGGGUCAGCGAGGUCACAGGGCACUCCAGGGUACCAGAGCAACAGGUCAAAGGGAUCCUCAGUGAGCUGCUGCAGAGGGAGAACCGGGUCCUUCACUUCUGGACCUUAAAGAAACGUCGACUGGAUCAGUGCCAGCAGUACCUGAUGUUCCAGAGCCACACCCAGCAGGCUCUGGAUUGGCUGCAGCAGUCAGGUGACCACUACCUGACCACGCACACGUCCCCGGGGACCAACAUGUCGGAGACUCAGGAGCUGCUGAACCAGCACCGGGAGUUCUGUGUUUCUGCCAAGCACACACAGGAGAAGGUGCACCUGCUCAUCCAGCUGGCGGAGAGCAUGCUGGCUAAAGGCCACGCCCACCGCGCCGAGCUGCGUCGCUGCGUCUCCACCGUGGACAAGCGCUACCGCGACUUCACCGUGAGGAUGGGACAGUACCGCCACCUGCUGGAGACGGCGCUGGGAGGCUGCUCACAGGACAACAAGGACCUGGAGCUGGAGCUGAUCCCCAACAGCCUGUCGGACUCGGACCCCGAGGUCAACCUGUCCGACCCCAGCCACCAGGUCAGCGACGAGAAGAGGCGCUCCGCACGCAAGAAGGAGUACAUCAUGGCCGAGCUCCUUCAGACUGAAAGAGUCUACGUCAGAGAUCUGCAGGAGUGCAUCGAGACGUACCUGUGGGAGAUGACGAGCGGCUCAGAGGACGUCCCCCCUGGUCUCAACAACCGGGACGACACCGUGUUCGGAAACAUCCAGGACAUCUACGAGUUCCACAACAGUAUUUUCCUGAAGGAGUUGGAAAACUACGAGCAGCUUCCAGAGGACGUGGGCCACUGCUUCGUGACCUGGGCUGAUAAGUUUCACAUGUACGUGACGUACUGCAGAAACAAACCUGACUCCAGUUUGCUGAUACAACAACAAGGUGCAGGCUUCUUCGAGGAGGUCCAGAGGAGACACGGGCUGACGAACUCCAUCUCGUCCGCGCUCAUCAAACCAGUUCAGAGAAUCACUAAAUACCAGCUGCUGCUCAAGGAGUUGCUGGCGUGCUGCGAGGAGGGAAAAGGUGAAAUUAAAGAAGGACUCGAUGUGAUGCUGAGCGUCCCAAAGAGAGCUAACGAUGCUAUGCAUGUUAGCAUGUUGGAAGGUCUGGAGGAGGGUCUGGAGGUUCAGGGCGAGCUCCUGCUCCAGGACUCCUUCCUGGUUUGGGAGCCAAAGUCUCUGAUCAGGAAGGGGCGGGACCGACACCUCUUCCUGUUUGAGCUGUCACUCAUCUUCAGCAAAGAGAUCAAAGACUCGUCCGGACGAAUCAAAUAUCUGUACAAGAGCAGACUGAGGACGUCAGAGCUGGGAGUGACGGAGCACAUCGAGGGCGACGCCUGUAAGUUCGCUCUGUGGGUCGGACGAACGCCCACGUCCGACAACAAGACGGUGCUGAAGGCGGCGUCCUUGGAGCUGAAGCAGGAGUGGGUCCGCAGCAUCCGCCAGGUGAUCCAGGAGAGGAGGGGUCACCUGCGGGGGGCGCUGAGGGAGCCCAUCCCCCUCCCCAAGACCCCCAACCCCACGCUGGGCCGACAGCGCAGCAUCAACCGCAGGGACACGAGUGAGGACGCAGACAGUCUGGGUGAUGCCAGCAGUCAGCCGGACACCGUGUCCAUCGCCUCGCGCACGUCUCAGAACACGGCCGACAGCGACAAGCUGUCCGGCGGCUGCGAGUUAGUGGUGGUGUUGCUGGAUUUCUCCUCCGGCGCCGCAGGAGAGCUCAGCGUUCGCUGUGGUCAGACCGUGGAGCUGGUGGAGCGCUCGGCCGACAGACCCGGGUGGUGUCUGGUCAGAACGACGGAUCAGAGUCCGCAGCUGGAGGGUUUACUGCCCAUGAGCGCCCUCUGCCUGUCACACUCCCACAGUGCAGCCGACAUGGAGGGGCUCAUCCCGGCGUCCACCACCUCCAGCAGCACCUCGUCCACCUGCACCACCACGUCCUCCUCCUGCAACUCGUCCACCACCACCUCCUCUUCCAACGCCUCCUCCACCGUCAGCAAAGACUCUGGACUCUACAGCUCUGAAGGUUCAGCUCUCCACACUCAGACGACCAGUGUCAACUCCCCCACAGUGUUCGGAGUGGGCGUGGCUCCAGGGGGCGCUGUGGGCUCUCCAGGGCCCAAACGCAGCGGCUCUGGAACCGGAAACACCCUGAAGCGCUGGUUGACGAGUCCUGUUCGGAGGUUAAGUCAAGGUAAAGCUGACGGACAGAAGAAACCGUCAAUCAGAACCAGGAGGCGGGACAACAGGCCAGAGGUGACCACACCCCUCACAGGCAAUGCUCAGACGAAAUCGAGGAAGGAGGAAGCGGGGCAGAGUGGAGGGGAGGAGGAGCCAGAGGAGGAAAGCCACACCCCUCUGCCACCUCCCAUGCAAAUUAUCAAAGACCCCAACAACCCCGAGGCUCUGGAUUCAGAUCAAGGCUCCAACGAGUCCGACACCGAGCAGAGAAACAAGGCGCUGAGAGGACGGAUGUUUGUGGUGAACGAGAUGGUCCAAUCAGAGAAGGACUACGUGAAGGACCUGGGUGUGAUUGUCGAGGGCUUCAUGUCCAGGUUGGAGGUCAGAGGGAUCCCAGAGGAGAUGAGAGGAAAAGACAAAAUCGUCUUCGGCAACAUCCAGCAGAUCUACGACUGGCACCGCGAUUUCUUCCUGAUUGAGUUGGAGCGCUGCGUUCAGAAUCACGACCUGUUGGCCGACCUCUUCAUCAGACACGAGCGUCGCCUCCACAUGUACGUGGUUUACUGUCAGAACAAGCCGAGGUCAGAGUUCAUCGUCUUCGAGUACGAGACUUUCUUUGAGGAGAUCCAGCAUGAGAUCAGCUGCAGGAUGUCCCUCAGUGAUUAUCUGAUCAAACCUGUCCAGAGAAUCACAAAGUACCAGCUGCUGUUAAAGGACUUUCUCAAGUACACGUCCAAAGCCGGACUGGACUGUGAGGAGAGUGAGAAAGCGGUGGAGCUGAUGUCAUUGGUUCCAAAACGCUGCAACGACAUGAUGAACCUGGGACGACUGCAGGGAUACGAGGGGAAGUUGACGUCUCAGGGGAAGCUCCUGCAGCAGGAGACCUUCUGUGUCUGGGAGCAGGACGGCGGCGUGUUGUCUCGCAGUAAAGAGCGCAGGGUUUUCCUGUUCGAGCAGAUCGCCAUCUUCAGUGAACUUCUACGCAAAGGCUCCAACAACCCCGGCUACCAGUUCAAGAACAGCAUCAAGGUGAGUUACCUGGCGAUGCAGGACAGCGUGGACGGAGACCCCUGUAAGUUCGUGCUGUGGUCCCGCGGCUCGGCCGAGCGCUUCACGCUGCAGGCGUCCUCCGCCAGCAUCAAGAUGACCUGGACGGAGACCAUCGCCGCCCUGCUGGACGCACAGAACAACUUCUUGUCUGCUCUUCAGUCUCCCAUCGAGUACCAGAGGAAAGAGGGCGGGAUCUCUGCGACCCGUCCUCUGUCGUCAGGGCGCCCACCGUCAGCCCCGCCCACGCCCAACGGCCACGCCCCUCAGCCUCAAGCUGACAGCGAGCAGGACGACCAGGAGCUGGUCCAGGUGCUGCAGGACUUCGCGGCCGUGCGGGAGGACGAGAUCUCCGUGUUCCGGGGGGAGAAGGUUCAGAUUCUGGCGUCCAACCAGCAGGGUCAGAGUCUGGUCUACCGGCCGGCCAACAGCGACUCGCCGGCCGCCGAGGGCUGGGUGUCGCGCGGCGUGCUCAACACACACUGACACACAGACACACGCUGACACACACAAACACACACAAACACACACUGACAGCAGGGUCAGAGUUUACAACGCACACAUACCACGACAGGGCCGAAGAGGCGGAGCUUAAAGGAAUUUUCUCUCAUUAACAAACUCAACUUUUGAAUUUAAUUUGAAAAAUGUAAUGUUCACACAUGAGAAAUAGAAACUUAUUUAAAUGAGGAAACUUUCAUCAAAACACUUUAAUGAACUUAAUAAAAUAGAUUAAUGAACAAAUGAUUUCAUCUUAAUCUCUUGAAACUAAUAGAGAAUUAAACUUCGUGUCCUUCAGAUGAAUCAGGCUCCACUUUCAUAACUUUGUGCGCUGAUCACACACACACACACACACACACACACACACACACACACACACACACACACACACACGCACACACGCACACACACACAGCAGGUACUGUUAAACUCCACCCUCCCUCCUCCACCCCCACUUCGUCCAAUCAGACGCCUCCGUCAGGUUGGCCUUCAGUUUACUGCCCCGAUCGACUGAACCCCCCCACUGAUGACAUCACAAACUGUUUCCUGUGGGUCAGUGGGAACUCGAUCACAUGACCUCGUCAUCAUCAACCGACACAACAACAGACUGAACCUAUGGGAAGCUGCUGUUGCCUAGCAACACGAGACAAUGAAAAAAAUGAAAGCCUCCUUGAAGGGAGGAGUCGAAAAGAGCCGUCAGCCAAUAGGAAGUGAGCUCUGUGUCAUCCUGUGAAUAGUGUGUAUAAACAGACUGAGACACUCACACACUCUACACACACGUCACUGCUGCGAUGAUGAACAUUAACAAGAUGAUAACUAAGAAUUAUAGAGUUUGUUUUUCACCUCAAUAGAGAAAAAAAUGAGAGAAA